AUGGCGACUAAUGAGACCUCCUAUUACUACUCCGUCUCCACCGUUGAUGUCAAACCAGAGAAACAAGCAAAGGUAGUCGAAUUCUUCACUCGCGUGGCGAAAGCAACAGAACAGCUGGAGCCCGCUGCCCAGAUCUGUCGGUGGUACAAGGUCGAGGGCAAGGACCAGUUUGUGUUCAUUGAAAAAUUCGCGAGCGAAGCCGAUUAUCGUGUGCACCAGAAUUCCGCACACGUGCGGGCGCUCUACCAAGAGUACAUUGAGUACAUUACGGAGCCUUUCGUAUUCUACCCCGUAGAUACCUCGGAGAAUAUGCAAGUUUGUGGCUUUGAGAGAGGCUGA